AGUUUGCCCAUGCCUGGUGUAGACUCAUCAAGUGCAGUUUAACUACUUUAUUUGAGGCUGGAUCUAUACUGCCAUAUAAUCCAGUUCAAUGCAAUUCAUUUGCACUCUGAAAUUGGAUUAUAGGACAGGGUAGAUCCAGCCUGAGUCUGCACUGACCAUAUAAUGUAGUUUCAAACUGAACUGCAUAAUAUAGCAAUAUGGAUAGGGCUUUAGAGCAGCUUCUGAUGAGGCUUUUAUGACACCAUCACUGAAUUUUGUGAUGACUUAAAGGCAAUGUCACACUUCACUCCUAACCUUCCACUGUCUUUUUCAUUUCCUUCUUCCUUGUUGCAGAAAACCAAUAAAGGAGGAAAAAACAGAACAGGAGCAUAAUACCUUUUUAAAUUCAGACAUCAGGGCUGCUUUCUUGAGCCCUUGGGUGUUGUGCUUCUUCCUGGAGGAGGAUGGAGGAGAUCCUGGCUGGUCUGUGUGGGACCAGUCCGACAAAUCCUCUUCCUGUCUGGGUCCAUGACAAUGUUGGACACUGCUUUAACCAGCUGAUUUUAAACAUUAUUCCCCAUGUAAUACUUUCCACAAUCAGUGCCUGCUACAUAGGAACACCAAGGUCUUCAGCCUCUCAGGCUGUGAACAAACCUGGAUGGAAAUGCAGAAUUGCUGCAUCAUUUGUUCUUACUGGUUUGUCCAUCCUUGACAUCAUCCCUGCAAGCAUCUGGCAACAGAAAUUAUAUCCCUUAUACUUAGAAAUAUUGUCCGAUGGCAUUGUCGCUGUGGCAUGGCUUACCCAUAGCUUGGCGCUGCUUGCUGUCUAUAAGUCUCCAUAUAGUUUCCAGCGUGGUCCAGUCAUUCUACUGAUUCUUCCUGUUUUACCUGUUCCUUCCAUUAUCAUCACAUUGGUGUGGCACUGCCAGACAGAACUAGGUGAUCAGCAUCUCCAGCCUGUCACUAUCUUUAGGCUCUGCAUCCUUUGUUUGCAACUGGUAUUUUUGCUUCUCUAUUUCAUCGGGUGCAUUAUUCCUGUGGCUCACAGGCCAGACUUUUAUUCUAUCAAUGACUCAUACCAGCAUGAGCCCUUGAUUUCAGGGAUUUCAGAAUCCACCUGGCCAAGAGUGGCAGAAGAUGGAGAGAGCUGGCUGUCUCGUUUCUCCUAUGCUUGGAUGAACCCCCUGAUGAAGUAUGGCUACCAACGGAUGCUACAUCGGCCACAGGAUACAUUUCAACUCCCUCGAAAUCUCCAAACCGAUAGAGUCUGCCAGCACUUCUCCUCCUGCUGGCAAAAAAAGGCAGCUCUCAUCCAAGAGCAUGAAAAUACUGCAUCUUCCACAGACAGAUUAUUUGCCACAAGUGAAGAAUUCUCAGUUCCAAAGUUGUCUCAUGAGACUCAAAAGUCCGUACGCCUUCUGUCAGUGCUACACGCAGCCUUUGGGCUACGCUACUAUUCCCUGGGCCUCCUCAAACUGGCUGGCAGUCUGCUGGCAUUCUCUGGGCCCCUGCUUCUGAAUCUGCUGGUCAGUUUCAUGGAGUCGCGUGAAGAACCUCUGAGCCAUGGGGUGAUGUAUGCACUUGGACUUUUUGCGGGUUCCUUCCUGGGUGCCAUUUUAAGAAACCAGUUUAGUUACGAGAUAAACAACAUAAUGCUGGUGGUGCGCACUGCAGUUGUUUCUGCUAUCUACCAGAAAGCCCUUCGAGUGAGUGGAAGCAGUCUGUCUGGCUUCACCACUGGUGAGAUCGUCAACUUUAUGAGCACCGACACUGAUCGGCUGGUCAACUUCUUCCUCAGUUUCCAUGAGUUGUGGAGCCUUGCCUUCCAAUUUGCCAUCACUCUGUACCUCCUGUACCAGCAAGUUGGAGUGGCUUUCCUGGGAGGGCUGGCUUUGGCUCUGCUACUUGUGCCCAUCAAUAAAGUGAUUGCAAAUCGCAUGAUGGAGAGUAACAAAGAGUUGCUGAGGCACAAGGAUGUACGAGUCAAGCUGAUGACAGAGUUCUUGUGUGGUAUGAGGGUGAUCAAGUUCUACACUUGGGAACAGCAUUUUGGCACAAAAGUGUAUGCUUGCCGAGCUCGGGAGCUGAAGAGCCUACAAGCCCUCAAGUAUCUAGAUGCUGUGUGCGUCUACCUUUGGGCGGCACUGCCUGUGGUUGUCUCUAUUGUCAUAUUUAUCACUUAUGUUCUACUUGGUCAUCAGCUUUCAGCAACCAAGGUAUUUACAGCUUUGGCCCUCGUUGGGAUGCUCAUUCUCCCUCUCAAUAACUUUCCCUGGGUGCUAAACGGGAUCUUGGAAGCCAAAGUAUCAUUGGAUCGAAUCCAGCACUUCCUUGAGCUCACAGAUCAAGAUCUGGAUGCUUACUACAGCAGAGCUGGCCCUUCUGACCCAUGUUCUCUGCUAGAAAUGCACAAUACCACCUUCUCGUGGUCAACACCAAGCAAUGAUAACAGUGAACCACAAAGACCUAGCACAAGUUUGCAACUUUAUAUUCAAGAUCUAAUGGUGGCAAAGGGUGCACUGGUUGGUGUUGUUGGAAAGGUUGGAUGUGGAAAGAGCACUUUGCUUGCAGCUAUCACUGGAGAACUGAGAAGACAAGGUGAACAGGUUUAUAUUUGGGACCUAGACAAAGGAUUCGGUUUGGUCACACAAGAGCCCUGGAUCCAGUUUACCACAAUUCGAGAAAACAUCCUAUUUGGAAAGGAAUAUGAUGCCAGAUUUUACCAGAAAGUAAUAGAGGCCUGUGCUCUUUCUGAUGACUUGAAUAUUUUGCCAGCAGGUGAUCAAACAGAGGUGGGUGAGAAUGGAGUGACCCUCAGCGGGGGACAGAAAGCCCGAGUUGCACUUGCUAGAGCCGUUUACCAGGAGAAAGAACUCUACCUUCUUGAUGACCCACUGGCCGCUGUUGAUGCGGAUGUAGCCAAUCACCUAAUGCAGAAGUGUAUUUUGGGAAUUCUCAGACAUAAAACAAGGAUUCUUUGCACCCACAGAACUGAGUUCUUGGAGAAAGCUGACAUCUUAUUGCUGAUAGACAAUGGCAAGAUCAUCCAGACAGGAACCCCAGGAGAAAUUCUACCACUGGUAGAAACUGCCUCUAACUUUAGGAGGAUGGACAAGAGAAAAGAGGACAAAAUAGAUAACCAAGAAGAGGUCAUAGAACCUGAGGAGGAAGAAUCAGACGGAGCCAAAUGUCUCCUCAAGCAGGAGGAAGAGAAGAAAGAAGGGGCAGUGGCUUUCCAGGUCUACAGAGUUUAUUGGGUGGCUGUUGGCAGCUGCCUUGCAGUGUCCAUACUACUCUCCUUGCUGCUAAUGCAAGGUUCUAGGAAUGUUUCUGAUUGGUGGCUAUCAAACUGGAUCUCUAGCCUACCUCCUGCAGGAAAUGCCUCUAUCAACAACACAUCAACAACACAAUCGGUUCUGCCCAAUUUACAGCUGCUGCUCUUCUCCCCUGGGGGACUUGUUUCUCCAGUCUUGGUCUCCAGCACUUCAAAUGGCACUUCAGAUGUGAAAUUUUACUUGACUGUGUAUGGUUGCAUUGCUGGGGCAAAUUCCAUCUUCACCAUCUUGAGAGCAUUCCUCUUUGCCUAUGGGAGCAUCCAUGCUGCUACUGUUAUUCACAAUCGGCUGCUUAGGCGGGUGGUGAAGGCCACAAUGACUUUCUUUGACACCACGCCAACAGGCCGCAUCCUUAACCGCUUCUCUUCAGACCUGUAUUGUGUUGAUGAUACUCUGCCCUUUGUUCUCAACAUCUUCCUGGCCAACAUUUUUGGACUACUGGGCAUGUUGGUGAUGAUCACUUACGGACUUCCUUGGAUCGGCCUAGUUCUGCUGCCCUUGGCAGUCAUCUACUAUUCCAUCCAACGCUAUUACCGAUGCACCUCCCGCGAGCUCAAGCGUCUUUAUAGCCUCACCCUAUCCCCUAUCUACACUCAUUUUUCAGAGACAUUGACAGGGCUCAACACAAUACGGGCAAGUAGGGCCACAGACAGGUUUGAGACAGAGAACCAACUGCGACUAGAGCUGAAUCAGCGUUGCCGUUUUGCUAGCAACACUGCCAUGCAGUGGCUAGACAUUCGACUGCAGAUGAUCGGAGUUGCUGUAGUUACUGCUAUCGCAGGAAUAGCAAUCAUCCAGCACCAGAGGAAACUUGGAAAUCCAGGUCUUGUGGGCCUGGCCCUUUCAUAUGCCCUAUCAGUCACAAAUUUACUGUCUGGACUCAUUACCAGCUUCACUCAAACUGAAACCAUGAUGGUGAGUGUAGAACGAACAGAGGAAUAUGCCACAGAGAUUCCCAUAGAGCCUCAGGAGAAAUUGAUCCAGGUUAGACCUGACUGGCCAAGCCAGGGUCACAUUGAAUUCCAGCAAGUUGUCUUGGCCUAUAGACCUGACUUACCCAAUGCCCUUGAUGGGGUAACCUUUACUAUUUAUCCUGGGGAGAAAGUAGGGAUAGUUGGGCGCACUGGCUCUGGCAAAUCCACUCUCUUUUUGGCCCUUUUCCGAAUGGUGGAGCUGAAAGGUGGCCAAAUCCUCCUGGACAAUAUUGACACCUGUUCUGUAGGCUUAAAGGAGCUGAGGUCUAGAUUGGCCAUCAUCCCUCAAGACCCAUUUUUGUUCAGUGGGACAGUCCGCGAGAACCUGGAUCCUCAGGGACAGCACACAGAUAAUGACUUGUACCAAGUCCUGCAGCAAUGUCACCUGCAGGCAGUAAUUAAACGGAUGGGUGGAUUGGACUGUGAGCUGGGGGAGAGAGGAAAGAGUCUUUCUGUAGGACAAAGGCAGCUUGUUUGUUUGGCCAGAGCUCUCUUGACCCAGGCUAAAAUUCUGUGCAUUGAUGAGGCCACCGCAAGUGUGGAUCAGAAGACAGACAGAUUGCUCCAAGAGACCAUUCGCCAGAGAUUUGCAGAUAAAACUGUGCUGACUAUUGCUCACAGGUUGAACACAAUCUUGGACUCAGACCGAGUACUGGUGAUGCAUGCUGGCAAGGUAGCAGAGCUCGAUUCUCCCAUCAGUCUCAGCCAGAAGCAGGACUCUUUAUUUCAGCACCUCCUGCAUAGUGGGCAACAAUGAUCCCACUGAAAAGACUAAAGAAGUUAGUACCAUGUACCUGGAAGCCUUCCCUCUAACAACAGGGCUUUCCCCCCUGAUAUUUCCCUUCAUCUUCAGGACAGUCAUAUAUGUACUCCACAUCCUGCUAAGGAGCCAGCAGAAGAAGAUAUGUACUCCCAAGUGUAUGAACAGAUAUGUUUUUUUCAGAUUGAGAAGUACAUAAUUAUUUUACAGAGAAUUAAUGUCUUUUUCUAAGGGGUUUGUGAUGUAUGGUUUGAGGAAUCUAUUUCUUUUAAAAGAUCAAGACUUUCUGAGUUGUCACUAUGAUCUACUACAGAAUGAAAGCAGAGCUGCUGUCAAGAUUUCCUUUCUAAACGGUGGUUGGCAUUAAACUGGAAAACUCUGGACAACCUUUCCCAAUAGUUUCAUGUUGCACCGAAUUGAGACAGAACUGUGAGGCACCCUACUGGCCAAUGACCAGAAUGAAACAGGAGUUGUCCAGUAACAAUCAGUGCCUCCAUGUUUUGUCCCAGACAGUUGCCUUAGAAAAAUAACAUAUUCAAUGGUAGUGGAAGCCAUCCCAUAUCCAGUUCCCAGCAUAUCCAACAAGAUGAUCAAAUCUGUCUGCAUCUGAUAACCACACCCAAAAUUAGAUUGAAAUAGUUAUAAUUCAUUUUAACUAUGAAGCCUUGGAAUUUAAAUACUUCAGAACCUUAUUCAAAAAUGGCUGACUAAACUGUCCAGAAAUCAAUAUGGUGGGAUUUAGGGAGGGCUUUUGUAGGGAGCAAAGUCUCGCUGUGUUGGAACCCACCUGGACAUCUUUAUGACAUCACUAAAGCAUUUGUCUACAUUUUUGAGCAGCGCAAACUAAAAUAUCGUUAUUAUCAUGGAGAAGUAUAUCAGAGCAGAUUCAAAUAAUUUUAUCCAUAACGUUGAUGUCCCUACAUUUUUUCAGUUUGGUCACAGGCCAGGGUAUUUGACCCCCUCCCAAAAUUACCACUAGAGGAUUCUAUACAAAUACAAUUCUCAUCUGCCACCACUGCAUCUUUGCCACCACUGCAUCUUUGCCACCACCAAUCUGGUAUACGUUUUCAAAUUGGGAUCUAACAUAUGUUUCAUUGGAAAGUAUUCCACCUUGUUCCAAAUGAGAAUGGCAUGUCUUGGUAACAAAAUGUGCCAGCCCGAGUAUUUCUAUACAUUGCUAGGUGUAGUGAUAUGCCCCAUGGUAACAACCUGGAACACAGAGUUCACAAUAUAUCCCAUUCAUCCUAGGUCACAAAAGAAUACAUGGAAGAUCAGGAUGAGCAGGAAAAUCUUUGAUACACAAUUUUCUGUUUUUAUGUACAUGCAGAUAAUAUUGAAGUGGAGAAUAAAAGAAAAAAGCAAGGUACUAUCACAGAAAUUAGAAAGAUGGCUGAUUUUUGCACAUUCUCCAGUCCCCAAACUAAUCACACAUUCUUCUAAUACUCUGUGCAAAGAAAUCUGUUUAUAACUAUCAGUCUCCUACUAAAAUAUGUCAGGUUUAAUUGGAGCAUGGAGAAACUUUCCUCAGUGCUUUUUUUGUAGCUAAACCCGUCUCAAAAAGAGGCCACAUCAAUGAUCAUGAUAGCCCAACAAUGAGAGGUAAAAGAUGGACAAGAUUUCCCAGUAAAGGCACUAGCCGUCAGUGUUAAGUAGCAUCACAAAUUAAGCACCUGUGACAGGAGCUCAAUAUAACAAUAUUAAUUGAAUUAAGGUGAAACUUGAUGAAAUUGCUAACUAGAAACUUGAUACUGCUGCAACAUAAGAUCAAGCAAAUGAGCUCAGAAUUUUUCAUCAAAAGCAGGGUGCACAGUAGAUCUUGAGGCUAAAAUUACAACUCAAAAACAAAGACAAAAGAAAUCUAGUCCACAAAUUAAGAGGCCUGAGAGAAUAUUUUGCAAGGGAAUACUUGUGUCAUAAUAGUGCUAAAUGUUCUGCUAGCUAUAUUUCUAGAUACAUACAAAACUGUUACAUGGAGAAUUACAAGCAGGUUUAUAUGCUGCCUUAUGGCCUACAAAUGCAAAAUAAACACAUGCUUCAAAAUGGACAGAAGGUACAGGCCAUAGAGGCUUUACAGCUGAGAUUGGUUCCAAAUAGUAAACUGCAAGAAGCUUUUAGUUUUCUAGAAGACAAGGUUGAGGUUUUGGACAACCACAUGAAGAUAAACUUGUGUUUUAGGAUGACCUUGAUAAGUGAUGGUGGUGAUAUACUCCUGCAAAUCUAGAUGAGUAAAAUAUGGACUGUCACUGUACGGCCUUGUAUGCUGACCUUCAAAGACAAGGAGACAUCAUGAACUUUAUGAAACACCUUGGGAAAAUAUAAACUAUAAACAUGCUAUGCGACUUGCAAUAUAUUGAAUUUAGAGGCUUACAUGGGCAGAAAUUGAGGCUGCAGGGUCCAACCUUCCAUCCCUAUUCUCUUCAUCUCCCACUAAAAGUUAACUACAUAUUAGUUUCAGUUCCCAUUUUCUUCUCAGUAUUUUGUGGAAGAGAUUAUUGGGGUGUUCUGACACUUUACAUCACUCUUUAAGGACUGCAGGAUGAACAUGCAUGGUGUCAGGUGGGUGCAAAAAGGCCACAUAUCUUCAAUUGACAAAAUAAUAUGCAUCUUUACACAAUACAUACAGCAAAAGGUGAAAUAAAGUAUUUGGGGAUUCCCCUUAAAGACGCUGGUUAUGAAAAGUGGGAAACUCCAAACCGCUACUUCUUGCCCCAAAGCUGCAGUGUGAAACCCUAGAUGGCCCUGCUUCAAAAGAAGCAGAACUGUAUUUAACAAAUCAAGGAGAUAAGUUUUCUUAGCCUAGAAGAUAAUUGGCAGUGACUGCUAAAGGGGAGAAGUAAAUUAACAGGUGUGAUUAUUGGAUGCAUACCUGAUGCAAACAAGUGCUUCUGUAUGGACAUUUUUAGAUGACUACAGUGUGAAAUGGGGAUCCCUCUUCUAUAAGCGGUUGUCUCCAUCCAGGCAAAAUUGCCUAAAUCUAUCAAGUUGGUGAAAUAUAAUUACAGGCAGUCCCCAAGUUCUGAAUAAAAUAGGUUAUUUUGGUUUGUUCUUAAGUUGUAUUUGUAUGUAACUUGGAAUAGGUACAUUUUUUAAAAUGUAACUCCAGCCAUACAUACGUAUACAUAUAUAUAUAUAUGAAGGUAGGUAAAAAGAUUUUGCCUCCUGUGUCAUAAAAAUAUUAUGAAUGAACAUAUAACAGCAGAAGUUGCAACAGAUCAUAGCCUGAACUAUCCUCUACACAAAACUACCAUUCAACAUAAUCACCAUCAAUUUGUAUAUGUUUGUGCCGCUGUUAAACCCAGGCAUCAACCCCAUUUUGGAAAAAUUCAGGGUCUUGCCUGACUCAUGAUUUUAAAGGUGCUUUAACGUCAUUGGAUCUAAAACCACAUAGGCUGUAGGGUGGGUGAGGCACUACUGACAGUGGUUCUCCAUGUUCCAAAAAAUUCUACCAGAUCAGCACAGGGGGUUAUGACAACAGUGUUUUGGGACGCAAAGGGUGUUAUUCUUGUUGAUUUUUUGCAACAUGGUGCCACAAUCAACAGCAAAAUCUAUGUAAUCACACUUAAGAAACCUAAGGAGGCAUUAAGAAAGAAGAGACCACUAAGACAUUUGUUCCAUCUAGUUUCAUCAUGAUAAUGCAUGCCCACACAAGUCAUUUUUCACAACCCAGGCGAUUGCAAAAAUGAGCUGGUCAGUAGUGCCUCAUCCACCCUAUUGCCCCGAUUUGGCCCUUUCUGACUUUUACCUGUGUGGACCUCUGAAGGACAACCUAUGUGGUUUCAGAUUCAAUGACCUGAAUGAGGUUAAAACAGCUUUUAAAAUCAUGGGUCAGGAAGGAAGACCCUGAAUGUUUCCAAAAUGGUUCUGAUGCUUGGGCUAAACGAUGACAGAAAUCUUUUCAUUCACCUCAACUUUUGGUCAUCGUUUUGUGACUACUGAACAUGCUCAGUGCAUGUGAUAUUGUUGGGUGGAUUUAAAAAUAAAAUAUAUUUUUGCAAACUUCA